AGACCUCUAGUUUCAGUUUGUAGAACUUUGGUCUGUUCUGAGUGUGUCUAUCGUCAAUAAGUUCUGAAGUUUGUUUUGUACAAAUGUGUGUUGUUACGAAUUGUGGUCAUUGUAGUGGAGUGAAAAUGAAGCCGUUGCGGGUAACUAGUUUUGUUCGGAUUAAUCAUGAGUUUUGAUACUGAAUGGGCUGCAGAGAAGUAUUACAGCCCUCUUGAACCACCAGAACACUGGAAACUGCGCAGGAAAUUCCUAGAAGCCAAUAAAGAUAAAUAUCCAGAGCAGAAAUUAAUUUCUUUAGCUGCAGCGUUCAUUGAUAUCGAAGUUCUGGGUUGCUCGUACAACACAGAACUUACGCAGAUUGUUGAUGAACUUUCAAAAGGUUUUACGGAAGAAUAUCGUGAACAAAAAAAAAUGAAACUGCACAGUGUACAUGUAUCGGCGUCUGAUGCUGCAGCCAGUAAAGUUAAAGGCCAGGCAGAAGCUACCAUAACAAGUGAGCCAAAUGUAGCUGGUGCAUCUAUUUCAAGCAAGAUCCCCCUCAUAGAUAUUGCUGAUGAUGAUGAUGAUGAUGAUGAUGAUGAUGAUGAAGAAGAUGAACCAGCAACGGAUCCUGAAAAUGAACCAGCAACGGAUCCUGAAAAUGAACCAGCAACGGAUCCUGAAAAUGAACCAGCAACGGAUCCUGAAAAUGAACCAACAACGGAUCCUGAAAAUGAACCAACAAUGGAUCCUGGAUAUGGACCAGCAACGGAUCUUAGAUAUGGACCAGCAACGGAUCUUAGAUAUGGACCAGCAGUGGAUCCUAGAUAUGGACCAGCAGUGGAUCCUAGAUAUGGACCAGCAGUGGAUCCCAGAUAUGGACCAGCAGUAGAUCCCAGAUAUGGACUAGCACUGGAUCCUAGAUAUGGACUGGCAGUGGAUCCUAGAUAUGGACUAGCAGUGGAUCCUAGAUAUAGACCGGCAGUGGAUCCUAGAUAUGGACCGGCAGUGGAUCCUAGAUGUGAACCGACAGUGGAUCCUAGAUGUGAAUUGACAGUGGAUACCGGAUAUGGACUAGAAGUGGAUCCUAGAUAUGGACUAGAAGUGGAUCCUAGAUAUGGACUAGAAGUGGAUCCUAGAUAUGGACUAGAAGUGGAUCCUAGAUAUGGACUAGAAGUGGAUCCUAGAUAUGGACUAGCAGUGGAUCCUAGAUAUGGACUAGCAGUGGAUCGUAGAUAUGGACUAGCAGUGGAUCGUAGAUAUGGACUAGCAGUGGAUCGUAGAUAUGGACCAGCAGUGGAUCGUAGAUAUGGACCAGCAGUGGAUCAUAGAUAUGGACCAGCAGUGGAUCAUAGAUAUGGAACAGCAACAGAUCGUAGAUAUGGACCAGCAACAGAUCGUAGAUAUGGACCAGCAACAGAUCGUAGAUAUGGACCAGCAACAGAUCGUAGAUAUGGACCAGCAACACAUCCUGGAUGUGUACCAGCAUCGCAUCCUGGAUGUGUACCAGCAUCGCAUCCUGGAUAUGUACCAGCAUCGCAUCCUGGAUGUGUACCAGCAUCGCAUCCUGGAUGUGUACCAGCAUCGCAUCCUGCAUGUGUACCAGCAACGCAUCCUGCAUGUGUACCAGCAACGGGUCCUGGAUGUGUACCAGCAACGGGUCCUGGAUGUGUACCAGCAACGGGUCCUGGAUGUGUACCAGCAACGGGUCCUGGAUGUGUACCAGCAACGGGUCCUGGAUGUGUACCAGCAACGGGUCCUGGAUGUGUACCAGCAACGGGUCCUGGAUAUGGACCAGCAAUGGAUCCAGGAUAUGUGGAUGAUGAUGAUGAUGUAAUUGAAUUAAGUGAUGACUCAUGUGAGUCGGAAGAAGAAUUUUACACUGAACAAGGAAAUAAUAAUAUGAAAAGAAGAAGACAAAAACUAAAAAAAGUGAAAAAAGUUAAAGGUCAAAUGUAUGUAUCUCGAGAUCUGAGAUCAACCGAUAUACCAAGAGAAUGCUGGACAACCUAUGGAUAUCUGGUGCUCAUUGAAGAUGCUGAUACACACGUAGCUGCACAGCAAAUCAUAGAACGUUCAGCAAGUUUGUGCCGUGCAAAGCUUUUUGUUGAGGAAAAAAAACAUACUCAUGUGGAGUUCGGACAAGCCAUACUCAUAUCGCUUUUUAAACUUUACAUUCGAGGGUUUGAGAUAUCUGUGGAAGCAGAUGCGGUGAGAAAGAAAGCCCGAGAGAAGACUUACCUAAAAGCUCUGGAAAAGCUUCAGGAACAAUGCUUUACAAUCAAGAUAAAACGUCGGCGUUAUGACCAAAUUGUUGGGAGAAACUUUGGUGAACCAGAAGUUUCGGAGGUAGAAGAACCACAGAAUAGAGGACCUGUUACACCUGCUGUUGGGGGUGUAGCUUUGAGAAUGAUGGAAAAUAUGGGCUGGACAGGUGGCGGCCUCGGCAAAGCACAGCAGGGAAUAGUAGAGCCAAUAAGUUUGACAGCCAAAAUGAACAGAAGUGGCUUUGGUAGUCAAUUUAAGGAAGGGAAGAAAGAAAGUGCUGCGGGAACCUCAUUCGAAAAUAAAGCACUCGUAUUUCUCGAAUCAUAUGCAAGGAGUAGCUCUGAACAAGAUCUCGUGUUCACGGCAGAGUUUACAAGUGAGGAAAGGAGUAUUCUUCACAACCUUGCUGCCAAAUUUGACCUGAAGUCAAAGAGCUAUGGCAAGCAGGAGCAACGGCAUUUAGUGAUUUCGAGAAAAGUGGAACCUUUCCGCAUUGUGAAAGCCCUUCUAACACCAGGCUACACCAGUGAAAAAUAUGAACUUGUGAGGCCAAAAGGUCGAAAAAAGCCCACAGUAUCGGAUGAAAACACUUAAAUAUUUAAACACUAAAAUUAUUAAGUUACACAUUUUCUUGAACAUUUGAAGAAACUUUUAUAACUUAAGCCUUCAGGCAUGUAGUUACACUAUUUAAGAAUCCUCAUGCUAGCAGUGUCUGGUACCAAAAUCAGUAUUUUGUAUGUUUUAUUAGACAAUAGGCAGAACUCUGUAGUAACAAUGUAAUGUAAAACUUAAAACUUGAAUAAAGUAAACAUGCACAAAAUU